AUGCAACGCAAUCGCGAGCACCCGACCUCGCCAUUAAAGCACGCAAACGCAACACCUGAUUUCCGAUCAAAAGCGAGCCAAAUUGUGGACGAAGAUGAGGCUGAUGAGGAGGACGAAGAAACAUUGCAGCUUCAAUUAGCCGAGAUCAAAGCGCGCCUGAAACUGAAGAAACUUCAGCAAAAGAAUCGCGCAAGGUCCAACUCGAAUCUGGACGAUGAAGAUGUCCAACCCGGUUCCGCCGUCAGCGCCCCACGAACAGAAGACCGCAGUCUAACACCGAGGAUUACCAGCGGCGCGAGACAACGAACGAGCAACGAGGAAAUACAAGUUCCGGCAUCGCCUACAAGGAGAGAAGUUCCUGCUGUGGACCCAAUAUCGCCAAGGAGAUAUGUGAUGGGCAUUGACAAGGGCUGGAAAGCGAGCGAUGUGUCAUUGAAGCGACCUCCUCGACCAAGUAGUCAAACAGGGUUUCGAAAUAGUGCUACACCGCGCUCCGACGUCUUCUCCUCACGCCCCCAGUCCUCACCUGCUAUGGGAGGGGCCAACCGAAUCAAAAGCUUCAGCGAGCGAAUGGCUGAAAGCAGAGUGGCUGAAAAGGCCCGGUUAGAUAGGGCAGAGAAGAUCCAGGCUAACCGCAGCUCUGCUUUCCAAAUCGACAAGUCAGAAAUCGAAGUCUUCAAGGCUGCAGCCGCGAAUGCAAGAGAUCCAUCCCCACCGUCAGGACGAGAGCGCCCUAUCCAAAGCUUCACCCGUGAGGAGAUUCUUCGGAAUAUGGAGCAUUACCGCCCAUCUGGUCUGCAGCGCAGUAAUACAACCCCAAAUAUUCGCCGCACUGAGGGUAUCAGUCACAAUGAGAGGCCAACUCAUUUACACAGACGGACUCAUACAUCCGAAGACGAACCAGGAUCCUCACAAAUAUCAGGCCAGACAGAUGAUCCUUUAAUCAAGCCUCCGGACUCUUCGAAAUUCGAAUCAUACUCGUCGCUCCAUCUAUCGACUCGGGUUCUUCCGCAUUCUUUCUUGAACCGCACACUUGCAGAUAAGAGAGUUCUCCGCAUCCCUGAUUUACUCAAAACGGUCAAGGGGCCUGCAUUUGAGCUUCCAGAGGACAUUGAUGGGGAUUUUGUUGUCUUUGGAAUUGUUGCAUCCAAGUCCGAUCCCCGGGACAAAAAGUCUACGGGGAACGUAACUGUCAAGGAAACAAAUCCUUAUGACGAUGGGCUAAACAAUACGAACAGAUACAUGGCCAUUACUCUGACUGAUCUUAAAUGGACCAUUGACCUUUUCCUUUUCGACACUGCUUUCCCCCGUUACUACAAAAUCUCGGAAGGAACCCUCAUCGCAAUCUUGAAUCCUACAAUCAUGCCUCCCCCGAAACACAAGCUGGACACGAACAGGUUCAGCCUGUCCCUAUCUUCAUCAGAUGAUAAAGUCCUUGAGAUCGGCAAAGCCCGGGAUAUUGGGUUCUGCAAGUCUAUGAGAAAAGACGGAAAGAUCUGUCAAUCCUGGGUAGAUGGUCGAAAGACCGAGUUCUGUGAUUUCCACGUUGACAUUCAGGUCCGACGCACUCAGGGCAAACGUUCAGGAGUUAACGCCAAUACUGGGAUGGUUGGUCCUGGUGGUGCCUCUGGAUCGCGCCUUGGACUCUUCAACGAAGGAAAGAAGCGGGGCGAUGGUUAUAAAAAAGGCCUGAAACACGAAGGUCCACAAUAUCAUUUGGGGUCCCAAUCGUUAUACUACGUAGCGCCUUCCAGAAAUCGCGGCGCUGGUCGUUUUGGCAAUAACGUCAUCGGGGACGCAGAAGAUCCUUUCAUUGCCUCGGGUAUGAUGGGUCGCGGCACGGAGAACAAGGAGGAGCGAAUGCGCAGACGUCUUGCAGCUCAACAGCAAGAGCGUGAUAUCACCCAAAAACUGGCCGCCGGCCGUAUCGGCGGUGUGGGCGCCGAGUAUCUUCGCACGAGGACUGCAAACGAGACUCCGAACAAGGAGAAGACACCGGGUACCCCAGCAAGGCCCAUAAGUCCCACAGCAACCGCUGGGAUAGACUUGUCCACUUUUGGCAAAGCCAACAAUGUCCGCUUAAGCCCAAUGAAGCGUGCUCAUGACAAGCCCCACGGCAGCGGAGUCAAAAAGACACGUUUUCUUACUUCAAAGGGAAUCAGGGAAGCUGGUCGCGAGAGCCUGGGUGCACCAGCCGAGUCUACACCUAGUGGGAGACGGGCACUUUUGGAUGAUGAUGACGACGACGAUGAUUUGGAGUUCAUUUGA